AUGGGGCAACCUGUUGGCCGUGGGUUGCGACCCGUGUUGGUGGAGAAGGGGAUCCUGGUGGCUGAGGCUGACCAACACUCCACUUUGGCCCCAUAUUCAUCUAGACGGGGGGUCAAGGAUCACGACCUGGAUGACAUUCCAGAACAGGAAAUCCAAUCUGAAUUGGAAUCCCAAGGAGUGGUCUCUGUAAAACGAUUUACCAAAAAACGGAAUGACAUCAUUGAACCAACAAAUACAUACCUUUUGACUUUUGGCAUGCCAACACUACCUUCAAAAAUUAAAGUAGGUCUAUACCAAAUGAAAAUUGAAAUGUUUGUUCCAAAUCCGCUGCGUUGUUUCAAAUGUCAGCGGGUUGGACAUGGACAAUCCAACUGUAAAGGCUCUGAAGUGUGCUUUAGGUGUGGUGAAGAGGGGCAUGAUGGUAAAGGUUGCCAAAAUGACCCCAAAUGCAAAAACUGCAAGGGCGGACACAUGGCUUCAUCUAAACAAUGCCCGAUGUGGAAAAGGGAGAAAGAAAUUCAAAAAGUUAAAUCUGAAAAAAGAAUACCCUAUCCCGAAGCCAAAAAAUUGGUCAACUUGUAUAGUACCCCGAAACCAAAUUUAACAUAUGCAACUGUUGUAAAAUCGUCCUCUUUGAAGGACUCUUCUACCCAGGUCUCUGAAAAAGACUUUCAUCAGCAGACUGAACCUUUGUCAUCUAAUGACAAAGGUAAAUCUAAUUCACCUGCAUGUGCAGGCCCUGCAGCUGCGGCUGCACCAAAAUCUGUAGCUUUGACUACAUCGAAGCCAGCAGCUGCAGGUAAAUCAUCAGGGAGACCCCAACAGAUCUCCCUCAAAAAACACCCCAAGACAGCCGAGUGA